CCAGGUAGACCAAGAACAUUGUAGACAUUCUGCAGAAACUGAUAGCAUCAGCGUUAAGUGCAAGGGAAUACUGCAAGAAUGUACUUCACGGCUCUCAUUACGGUUUUAUUAGUCUUUUCUAACUUUAUUUCUUAUUCAGUCAAUGGUGAACCUCUAAUUCACAUGGAUCCUUCAAAUUCUACAGCAACCGUAGGAGAUGCUGUUGAGCUCACUUGUACUUUCCAUUACAGUCCUUCGAAUCGGGCGUGGAUGAAAAAUGGAACGGUCAUAUCUGAUGAUGAGAAGUACACGGAGAAAUAUGAAAGGCAGACAAGAAAAUUCAGGAUCAAAAUUAACCGGGUGGAGCCCUCAGAUAAUGGAUAUUAUCAAUGCAUAGUAACAAUAAAUGGAGUGAAAGAAACAUCAGAAAAAGCUUGGUUAAAUGUCAUUGAAAUUGCAAAGAAGGUAUAUCCUAUUUGUAAAACAUCAAAGCGUAAUUACUUAAAGUGUGAUACGGUGCGUAUGACCUGCAUCACGGAGAAAAAGACACCCCCUGUCAACUUGAAUUUUAUCGCAUACCAAGAUUCUUCCAAUUAUUCUAAACCGAUAACAAUAUUUUCUCGAUGUGCUAAUGAAACACACGAAUGGAUUACUUCAGAAUUAGAGGCAGACAUCGAACUUAACAAUUUCAACAUAAGCUGUGUAAAGUCUGAUUCCUUUUCCGAACCUCUUCAGUGCAACUACUCAUUUUUGAUAUAUACAGAAGUAAAUGUCUCUGGACUACGCCAAAUAUCAGCAAAUGAAGGAACAAAUGCAGAAUUUACAUUCAAUAUAACUGCUGAUGUUGACCUACAUAUAGUUAAGACAUACUGGACUACUGAAAAUGACACUAACAACAUAGAUGUAGAUGACACUGAUGCCCAUUACACCCUGAUCAAUUCUCCAGGGCAACACACCUUUAUAAUAAAUAAUGUAAGGCGCUCAGAUGAAGGGUUUUACUGGUUCCAUAUUGUCACUGAAGAAUAUGCAUCUAUUCCUCCAAGUAAAGUUCGGCUUAAGGUCAAUCCUAUUUUCAAGCCUCCUACAUGUAAAACAUCUAAGCCUGCUUAUAAACCUGGUGAAAUUGUGAAAUUUACCUGCACUACUAAAGAAAAAAACCCAGACAACUUAGAAGUAGAUGGAACUUUGGUAUACAAAAGUUACAAUGGAAGACAGGCAUGGAUUACAUCCGAAUUUGAGGCAAAGGAAGAAGAUGAUGGUACAAUAUUGAGCUGCAGACUAACAAAUAAAUUUUCUCACCCAGAAUACUGUUAUUUGAUUUUGAACGUCUCAAAAACAGUAGAUAGCACGAGAAGCUCUGAGCCUGCAUGUGAGUGCGAUUACACAUACCAUUUUUUCGGUUUUGGUUUUCCUAUAUUAAUCUUACUGUUAUUUGUAUGUGUAAAAUGCGAGUACCAUUAUUCUGGUUAUGUGACAGUACUGAUAAAUAAGUGUAGAGUCAUGUUUAGAUAGUACCGUCGAGAGGGGGGUCAGGGGGGUCGCUGCCCCGUGUCUACUGGCCGCCCGGACGAAAAUGAAAUAUUAAAAUCUACAUAGGGCCCAAGCCAGGAUGAAAACUUUUGUUGUUAGAACAAACUCUACAUUAUGGAUAUGGGCGUCUUUCUCAGUCUUUCUGUAUUUUUAUUACUAGAUGAAUAACCCCCCAGGGGAAUAGUCCACCCAAUGCUCUCCCGUUCCAAACCAGAUGCAAAAUGGUAUGAUACGUGUAUUAUAUAUAUAUAAUUAUUAUCGUUUAUUCAUCAGAUUAUUCUGAUACAUCUACAUUGCAAAAAAAUAAUCACAUGGAAUAAUAUUCAUGUAUGUGGGUUUGGACAAAUAGGGUCUUAGGAGGAGACUUAAUUUGGGGAGCGGCCGAGUGGGGGUCCCAAGUGAAGGGGUGGGGGCAUGUGAGGUGUUGCCCCGGGGCCCUUACUGGCUCUCGACGCAACUGUUUGGAAUCAAGGUUAAUGGGAGGUCCGACCGAGAGUCCCGGAACCUCUGGUAAUUGGAGGGCUAUAUACGUGGUUGCGGAUCUAGAAAUUCGAAAUAGUGUAGUGGGGGGGGGGGCAGGAAAGAUGUUUUCUUUUUUACAGAUGGAGGGUUUAGACCACCACUGCUUCUCAACCUGGGAUCGGAGGGCACCUUCAGGGGGUAAGGUAAGUAAAUAGGCAUUCUAAAAUAUAUUCCGGACCCUAUAAUUAAGGCAAGAAUUACAGAGGGCGCCAUUUAGGUCUGCCAUUGGUGGUGGAUUCUUUCAUUGUAUUAAUUUUUAUAUACUGUAAUUCUAUGGAAAUAAAGUGCAAGUGAGGGGAAAGUUAAAAUUUUAGGGGGCAAUAUGUUUUCCUAUAGCAGACCGAAGAUACAAUUAUAAUUUAUAAAAUCACAACAUUAACAGGCAACGCUUCUGUCCAUGUGCUUGUUACUUUGAUUUGAAUGCUCUGUAUUUUUAUUACAACAGUUUGUUAUAUGCAUUAUUUUAAAUUGGCCAAGUGGCCUUGAAAUGACAGACGGACCGAUGGGAGCAAUUAAUUUUGUUGGCCAAUCGGGGGGUGGGGGGAUUGAAUGUCCCCUUGCCCAUUACUACCGUCACUGGAAAUAAAGUUUACUUAUAGAAUAUCUUAAUAUCUCAUUACAAUUUAAGUUUUAAUUAAUUUCAUGUAUAUUCAGGUGUAUUUAUUUUGUUGUUGUUCCUCUUUACUUAUUGUUAUAGUUAAUACAUGCAUAUACACAUAUUGUAUGUAGUUAAAAGGCUCAAAUAUUGUUAUAGUUAAUACAUGCAUAUAUACGCAUAUUGUAAGUACAUAUUUAAGAGGCCCGCCUUUACAUAUUGGUUUUUUGCACAUCUCAUCGAGAAUUGUGCCACUGUUACAAAAGAGAGAUAAUAAAGUUAUUAGUAUUAGUUUCCAGACAUGGAAAUCAGGUUUAAAUCAGGUGGUAGUCCUCUCAUAUUAAAUAAAUUUACCUCGAUCUAAUGCUGGAUAUAGAAAUGUUGAAUGGUCUAAUU